AUGACUAUCACACUUGAUGAUGUUAGCUCUUUGCUACACAUCCCUGUGGUGGGAAAAUUCUUCAGUCUCCCAACCCUGACUCGUGAGGAAGCAGCCAUUGUAUUGCAUAAGCAGCUUGGUGUUACGCAAGCAGAGGCUGAAGCGGAGAUUCGGAAGUCCUUAGGACCUUAUGCUCGGUAUACAUGGCUUCUGGAUAUAGCUGAGAAGAUGGCCAAGGACAGGAAGACCAAGAAAGCUGCUAGAGCCUUCUUGCUGCGUUUGGUGGGGAUGACGAUUUUCUGUGCCAAUACAAACAACAAGGUGGAGGUUUCAUAUUUGGGGCUGUUUAUGGACUUGGAGAAGGUUGGGGAGUAUACAUGGGGCGCCAUGACAUUGGCUUUCCUUUAUGACCAGCUUAAGGAGGCCACCAAAGUCAGCACCACUAGCCUUGGAGGGUACUUAAAUCUAUUUCAGGCAAGGAUAUUUGAGUAUUUUCCCGCCAAAUUGUUUGAAAAAAACCUGAACAAGAAAUAUGUUGAGGGAGAGCCAAGAGCUUGCAAAUGGGUCACAAAGAGGGGGAAUAUGGACCUGCAUGCGAAGAGGAUUGUCCUGGAUGACCUUAUAGGUAGCAGUGUCAUAUGGACACCAUAUGACGAGCAUCGAGUGCAUUGGCCCUUCCAGCAGGUGUGUCUUUUUAGCGGGUUGAUUCGGCAUUCAGGCAUGAUCCGGCCAUAUCUGCCCGAGCGUGUUAUGAGGCAGUUCCAAAUGAUGCAGGAUCAACCCAAUUUACCACCAGCCAGCAUUCCCCAUGUUGAGGAGAUUGAUGAUAGGUUUCUUAAUUUUACUCUUCACUGCGUGGCUGCUCAGUAUACUCUAAGUCCAAUGGGUGUUCUCGAGCAAUUAAAAGAGUUAAGUGCUAUCACAGUAGACCCCAACGAGUCGCCAGAUCGGAUCCUCGUUGCAAACCAGCGUAUGCGGGCUAUCAUACUGCAGAAUUUGGAGCAAGGGGCUGAUGUUGAUGAUGACAGUGGCAGUGGAGAUGCAAUCCAUGGUGGAGGUGGCCCUAACAAGAAGAAGAAAGGAAAAGUGUCUGAUGUCUCUACCUCCAAGAGUAGUUAG